AUGUAUGUAUCAAGGGUAUCUGCAAAACCCCUCUCAAAUCAAUCAGCAGCUCAGUUAUCAAAAGCUGUAGCUUUCUUUGCUCAAUCAUAUGGGUUGUCGUCGAGUACAUGUACUGCACAUGUACCAUCAAGAAGAGCAUUCACAUCUGCUUCCAAAAUCCAAGUAAAGGGAAGAGAUCUUUUUCCAGAACCUGAACAUGGACAAAUUAAGAGAACGGAACCUGCUUGGCCCCAUCCACCCUACACCGCCGAACAAAUGCGCAGCAAAGUCUACUUUGCACACCGCAAACCUCGAGAUUUCUCCGAUCGUGUUGCGUUGGGAAUGGUGCGUUUCCUGAGAUGGUGUACGGAUUUUGCAACGGGAUAUAAACAUAAUGUGGAAGAACCCAAGAAAGCAUCCGAUAGUAAUGCACUUACGGCUACAAAACCAUAUCAGAUGAGUGAGCGGAAAUGGCUGAUUCGUUAUGUGUUUUUGGAAUCGGUGGCGGGAGUGCCCGGGAUGGUGGCGGGUAUGUUGAGACAUUUGAGGAGUUUGAGGGGGUUGAAGAGAGAUAAUGGUUGGAUUGAAACGUUGCUUGAAGAAGCAUACAAUGAACGCAUGCACCUUCUCACCUUUCUUAAAAUGUACGAACCCGGCAUCUUCAUGCGCACCAUGAUCCUUGGCGCCCAAGGCGUCUUCUUCAAUUCCUUCUUCCUCUGCUACCUCUUUUCCCCCCGCACCUGUCACCGCUUCGUCGGCUACCUCGAAGAAGAAGCAGUCCUCACCUAUACCCUCUCCAUCCAAGAUCUCGAAAAUGGCCACCUCCCAAAGUGGGCGGAUCCGAAUUUCAAAGCCCCGGAUUUGGCGGUCGAGUAUUGGGGUAUGCCGGAGGGAAACCGAAGUAUGAGAGAUUUGCUGUAUUACAUUCGAGCGGAUGAGGCGAAGCAUAGGGAAGUCAAUCAUACGUUGGGAAAUCUGAAGCAGGAUGAAGAUCCCAAUCCGUUUGUGAGUGUGUAUGGGAAGGAGAGAGGGGAGAAACCGGGAAAGGGGAUUGAGAGUUUGAAACCUUCGGGGUGGGAGAGGGAAGAGGUUAUUUAG